CUUUAAUUGGGAUGUACCAAGUCUUUUCAGCUUUCAACUUCCUUUCGGAGUCGGAGACGGCUGCAGAGGAUGUCAACGUGACUUUUGAAGACCAGCAGAAGAUCAACAAAUUUGCCCGCAAUACGAGUAGAAUCACAGAGCUGAAGGAAGAAAUAGAAGUUAAAAAGAAGCAGCUGCAGAACCUAGAAGACGCCUGCGAUGACAUCCUGCUGGCCGAAGACGACUGCCUCUUGAUUCCCUAUCAGGUUGGCGAUGUCUUCAUCAGCCACUCCCAAGAGGAAACGCAGGAGAUGCUGGAAGACGCGAAGAAAAACUUACAAGAAGAAAUCGAUGCCUUAGAAUCCCGAGUGCAGUCGAUUCAGCGGGUGCUAGCAGACUUGAAAGUCCAGUUAUAUGCAAAGUUUGGCAGUAACAUAAACCUUGAAGCCGAUGAAAGUUAAACCUUUUAUAAUACCUUUUCUUUUUUUAAUUUGUUUAAUAAACCUGAAUAUUGUUUAAAAUGAUAAUUUCCCUUCUUCAAAUGAUAAUGGAAAGCAAAACUUUUUUUAAAAUUUUUCAUUUAUUUAAUGGAAACUUGCCUAUUUUCACAAGUCUUGCUUAUUUAUUUUAUAUUUUUAAAAGAAGACAGUAUUCAUCUAUGUAUUUUGCAUAACGAUUAUAUCAAGUCUAGGGGCUGUAUGUCAUGUUAUUAAAAUCAGUUAAGCAAUCUG